GCGCCCGGGUCCGAGGCCGUCUUCCGUGGCCUGUACAGCCUCUCCCUGCCGGCGCUCAGCAGCCUGCUCUGCGGCUCCACCGACGAGGAGGAGCUGGCCCGGCGCCUGGCCCGGGCCCGGGAGGCGGCCAAGAAGGCCGGCCUGCCCAUGGCCCUCGCCAGGCUCUGCUUCGUCCUGGGGCGGCUGUGCGUGAGGAGGCUGAAGCUGUCCCAGGCCCGGGUGUACUUCGAGGAGGCUGUGGGAGCGCUGGGGGGCCGCUUCGGUGACCUCAUCCUGGCGGUGGCCGUGUACACCAACCUGGCCUCCGUCCACCUGCGGCAGAAGAACCCGGAGAAGGGUGCACAGGUGCUGCCGAAGGCCUUGGCCCUGCUUCUGGGGACGCCUGGCCACGUCUGCAGCACCGAGGCAGAGUCGGGGCUCCUGAGGCUCGCCCUGCGGAGGGCCGUUGGUGGCCGGAGCCCCCAGGCC